UUAUGUACAUUUUAUAUUUACGUUAAAUAAUAUUUUUGUAACUGCAAAGAAGUCAGAAUUUGCUUACAAUUUCACAAAAAUACAGUUGUAAUAAAUAAAUAACAAUGGCUGACAACCUUACGUUGGAUAGGAUUGAUAUGAAACAGAAAUCAACGGCUCAUCUUCGAAUUUACGUCGGAGCCUUAAGUGAUAAUACUACUGUUGAAGAACUCUAUGAUUACUUCAUACAAUACGGGAAAAUAGAUGGGAUUAUAGUUAAUAGAAAUUUUGGAUUUGUGCAAUUCGCCGAAGAAUCAAGUGCACAGGAUGCAAUAAAAAAAGCUAAUGGUAGCGUAUUCAAAGGAAAAAAUAUCCCUGUCAGAGCCGCAACUGAUAAAAGACGAGAUGUUGAAACCGUAACGAUAUAUCCAGAAGUGCCACCUGCUGUUGCACUAAAAGACACUCAAAUGGAAGAUGAAAGUGAGGAAGCUUAUGACAACUAUGGAAAUAAUAAUGAUCAUGGUUUUCAAGAGGAAUUUGAAGAGGGCAACAACAGGCCAGAAAUUCAUGAUGAGAGAGGUAGAGGCCGUGGCCGUGGCUUAGGGCCACGAGGUAAAGGGGUCCGUGGGGCACGAUCAAGAGGUCCAAGUUUCUGUGAUAGACCACCCAUCAAUCCAUCAGGCGAAUGGGUUGAUCGGAGUGGUUAUAACCGAUUUCCAAAGCCCCCUGAGUAUCCACGAACUCUGCCGGUACCAGAAAGGAAUGAUUGUGAAAUCAUUGUUGUUGCGAAGAGUCUCACAGAAUAUGCGGAAUAUAUUGAAAAUAGACUCAAAAGAUUGGGUAUAGUCGUCGAUUUGCUGUUUCCAAUGGAAGACGUGCCGAUCGGCAAAGUUCUCGGUAACAUAGCUUCGAGAGGAUGUCUCUACGCUAUAUUGGUUAUGCCGAUGAAUUUGGAACACAGAUCUUUGACCUUAACAAUAUUACACGGACUACCUCAAGAACAUAGAAAUAUGCCAAUAGAAGACGCAUUGCAGCUGUUAUCGCGCAAUUUCCAAGAGGUCCAGCGCGGUGGUCCUUCCGGUCGUGAAGCAGUAUAUGCUCUGCUCGGACAACUUGCUGACGGCCGUUCACUUACCGUAUUACAAUACAACAAAGUUAUCGAGUAUUUACAGGAACGUCGUGACCAUCAAGUAAAACUAGAAUUGGGAGAAACUUCGACAGCUCCUGUGACUGCUACAACAAACAAAACACAAGUUGAACUACAGCAGAGAAUUAUGAAUAUUCUCAAUGACAAGAACGUACAGACACCGCCUCCGGCACCCGUUGUCGCUCCGGCUCCUGUAAACACUACCACCGCGACGACCACUGCACAGAACAAAUUACUUAACGACCCUUCAUUGAGGAAAGCACUGGAUUCUAUAUUACAAAAAAUCACUUAAAAAUCUAUAUGUACUUUUUUAUUUUACAGGAUAUUAAAUUAAGGCUGAAUAAGUCGUGUUCCGAAAUAAAAACAUUCUACAAUAA